CCAAUAAAGGUCUACAUCCCUCCCUGAUGAUAAUUGGGUAGAUAACCUUGAAGGACACCCUCCCUCACCCAUGAUGGUAUAAAGAGGGGCAAGGCACAUUGAGAGCAGGCAGGCAGAUAGGAAUUGCACAACCCCCAGCAUCUCUCGACUGUCCUGCCCGAGUCCAGCCAUGCCCAAGAUCUUCCUGGCUCUGGUACUCGGGGUGCUGCUGUCUGAGUUGAGGCUGCCAAGUGAGGCCAGGACACCACCUUACGGUGUCAAACUGUGUGGCAGGGAGUUCAUCCGCGCAGUCAUCUUCACUUGUGGAGGAUCUCGCUGGAGACGGGCAGGAAAUGUCGGUGCCCUCCCCGGAGGAGAUUCUGCAGAAGCCUUUGCUGCAACUUCCUCAUCCAAUGAAUGGGUCCCGAUCCAUGCCCCGCCGAAAGAUCCGUCUGACUAUUACGGGAGCUGGCAUGGCCAGCAGAGCCACAGUCCCUCGGAAGAAACCUGGGGCUUUGACCGUGGAGCCCGAGAUGUUAUGGCGGGACUGAGCAACGCCUGCUGCAAGUGGGGCUGUAGCAAGAGUGAAAUCAGCUCCCUGUGCUAAAGGGCAUCGUGUGAGGUUGAGUGUGUGGGUGGGUGUUUGACAAAAAGGGAAUUGAAAUAUUCAAAUAUUUGUACACUUGAAGCUCAGGCUAUCAAACACAAAAAUGUGCACACAGCUGGCCAUAAAUAUCUCUAUUAAAGCUCCACCGUUUUCACCAAGCUAGGAAAAUGUGCCUAAGAAUUAUAAUUCCCACCAUCCUAUGAGACAAGGUCUAAAUCAUUGAGCCUCUUGGGCUUGCCAAUCAGAAGGUCGGUGGUUCGAAUCCCUGCAACGGGGUCAGAUCCCAUUCCUCUGUCCCAGCUUCUGCCAACCUAGCAGUUCGAAAGCACACCGUUGCAAGUAGAUAAAUAGGUACCGCUGUGGCGGGAAGGUAAACGGCGUUUCCGUGCACUCUGGAUUCUGUCACCGUGUUCCAUUGCACCAGAAGCUGUUUAGUCAUCCUGGCCACAUGACCCAGAAAGCUGUCUGUGGACAAACACCAGCUCCCUCAGCCUGAAAGCGAGAUGAGCGCUGCAACCCCAUAAUCGCCUUUGAGUGGACUUAACCGUCCAGGGGUCCUUUACCUUUACCUACCCCACAUUGCCAGACAGCUCUCCUGUGAGUGGCUCCCAAUACAAUUUGAGUGGGAUUUAGUGAUUCUGGCAAGUCCCAAACAAUUGACCAAUUCCCACUCUGCCAUUACUUCCCUUCUGUUGCUCCUCUCCUACAGCUGCUUUUGAUAAACCUGAAGUUUGUUUUCCUACAGCCAUUACUGCAAUGGGAAACCAAAUGUACCUGCAGCCACAGUAGAACAAGGAGCCCCCUCCCAAGUGGUGCAGAGAAAUGCUCACGCGAGGAAUGUGUCAUGCCCUGGUCUCUUGACGGUGUGUGUGUGUGUGUGUGUGUGUGUCUGAUGUGUGUGUGUCCGUCACACGUUUUAUCUUACGAAUGUGCAGCUGAGUUUUGAUUUGAGCAAGAUGGCAUUGCAAGCAACAGUCUCUGCCCUGCUGCUGCUGCUGCUUCUCUGUUCAUCAGUUCCUUCUGCCUGGAGAAAUACAGUGUUUGUUCUCUUUAAGAUUGCACAUUACGUG